CGAAAAGUGUUUGGGAAUUUGUGCGGAGAAACUGAGGGGCUUUAAAGUGUGGUUACUUUCUGAUGGGUUGUGCUGCAAGGGUUUUGUUGUGCUUGCAGAGGCGUUUUUAUUAUAAAGCCAGGCUUUGGAACACUUUCCCCCGUCGGACCUUGUUGUUGACCCAGGAUCCAUCUGGGUAGCGAAGCUGACUUUUGAACAAAUGCUUACGCACAUUACCGAUUACAAUCAUCUCAUGCCUGUGCUAUCGAAACAGACCCGCUCUGACAGCGGUAUAGCGGAUAAUAUCCCCAUUGUCGACUUGCGAGGUGCGACUCCCUCGUCCAACACGGGGUCCAACCUUCAAUCGUCCAUUAUUCAGUCCCUUUCCAACAAGAAUGUAGUGUUUCGGCACAAGGGUGUUGAUACACUGGUGCGAUCCAUUCCUACCAUGGUGCUGUAUGAUGACAAGGGAUUGGAGAUUUUUGAUCAAAUCACCUAUGUGGAGGAUUAUUAUCUGACUGAGGCUGAGAUUGACGUGUUGAGAAGUCACGCUGAGGAAUGCGUGAGCAAAAUCGUACAGGAUGGAAGCGUGCUUGUGGAGUUGGGCUGUGGAUCAAUGCGCAAGACAAAGUACAUUCUUUCAGCGAUUGAGCGGCAAAAAAAGCGGAAUGUCACGUAUUAUGCUGUUGAUCUCUCAGAGUCGUCCUUGCGUGAAUCGCUUGGUCCGUUGACUCUGGCGUUUUCCACAAUCAAUUUUGUUGGGCUGCUUGGCUGCUACGAAGACUCUAUCCAAUAUAUUCGGGACACGAUCCCGUCAUCAACACCAAAGACAUACCUCUGGCUGGGAUCAUCUAUUGGAAAUCUCAACCGGACCGAGGCUGCCGCCUUUUUGAGACACAUUUGUGACGAUGGCAUGCAAAUCGGCGACACGUUCCUUUGCGGGAUUGAUCGCCGAAAUGAACCACAAAAGAUUGCUUUGGCGUAUAAUGACACGAAAGGUGUAACAAGAGAGUUUAUUCUCAACGGCUUGGAUCAUGUGAAUGCAAUUUUCGGUGCACAUGUCUUUGACCGAUCGGCAUUUGAGUAUGUCUCCAUUUACAAUCAAGUGGAGGGACGGCAUGAAGCGUACUAUCGCUCAUUGAAGCAGCAGGCGAUCGGCUUGCGAGAUAACAGCGCCAGCAAUUUCACUGUCAAUUUGGAGGAGGGCGAGCUGAUCAACGUAGAGUACAGCUACAAGUACGCGCGGGAGGAGGUCGAUGAGUUGGUGGAACAAGCGAGAUUCUACAAUGUUGGCAAAUGGACAGAUGCAAAAGAAAUGUACGAUUUGCACUUGUUCCAGAAGCCUCCGUUCUUUUUUGAACAGCAUGUUCUCGAUGCGCCUUUGGUUCCCACCACUCUGGAGUGGGAGGAACUCUGGAAAGCCUGGGAUACCGUCACAUUGACAAUGAUCCCGUCAAGUGCACACCAUCUUCGUCCCAUCGCUCUUCGACAUCCGUACAUAUUCUAUUUGGGUCACAUCCCAGCGUUCCUCGACAUUCAACUGACGCGCGCCCUCAACACGAACUUUACACCGCCGGAACACUAUCCUCGCAUCUUUGAACGUGGGAUUGACCCGGAUAUGGAUGAUCCCACUAUUUGUCAUCCUCAUUCUGAAGUCCCCAAUGAGUGGCCACCCGUGGAAGAAAUUCAUGCCUACAAGGAGCGAGUAAGGGAGAGAUUGCGAGGUCUUUUACAAAAGAUCGAAAAGGGAGAGAAAUUAGACAAAAGGGUCCUCCGUGUCAUAUGGAUGUGUUACGAGCAUGAGGCGAUGCAUUUGGAGACAUUGCUGUACAUGCUGGUCCAAGCGCCAACAACCCUCCCUCCACUUCAUUUUCUUUCACCGAUUAUAAGCACUUCCGCAUCUCACAAACCCAAGCAACCGGCACGGAUGCUAUCGUUUACAGAACCUGAUACCAUUCAGACCGGUAUUUACGAUCCCGAAAGUCAAGACAAGGACGACUCCACACCGUUGCCGUCAGUCUUUGGUUGGGACAAUGAGAAACCUGUUCGGAGUUACAGUGUCAAGCCUUUUGAGAUUCAGAACCGAAUGGUCACCACUGCCGAGUGGAUCGAGUUCCUUGAUAGUAUGGACUGGGCCGAAGAUCUUAUUCCAGCCAGCUGGGGUAUUGCGGAGCCUGUUAACCCUGAUCGCCCCAUCUAUUGCACCAAAACGCCGUUUGGUCUCAUUCCAACCGAUCGGACUCCACACUACCCGGUCGCGGUCUCCAACGACCAAGCUCUUAAAUACGCCAACAUUAAAGGAAUGCGUCUUCCCACCGAGGUAGAACUCCGCUAUCUUCGCCUCAAAGAGAUGAGCACUCAUAAGCUGCGGGGCAAUUACGGAUUCCGGUCGUGGGUUGCAAAGGGUGUGGAAGAGGGCCAAGACGGCCCCGUCAUUGGGGAUUUAUGGGAAUGGACAGGGACGCUGUUUGAUCGCAGCGAGGAGGAUGGAUACAUUAAAAGCGAAGUGUAUCCAGGAUACUCUAGUGACUUUUUCGACGGGAAGCAUAAUAUCCUAUUGGGCGGCUCAUGGGCCACUGUGCCGCGCAUUGCCGAGCGCGAGAGUUUUGUCAACUGGUACCAGAGGGGAUAUCCCUAUGUGUUUGCUGGCUUCCGGUUGGCGAGGAGUUUGUAAAUUGUAGAUGCGGGGUGUACAGGAUAACUUUCACAUUGGACACUAUUGUUUUUCAAUAUGACAUUCUUUCCAACUAUCUGA